UGGUCUGGGGCAGGCCCUGGCGGAGCCGCCCCGGGCCCGUGGCCAGGCUUCGCCCGCCCUGCCGUUUCCUGGAUGCCCGAGGGUGGAGGUGGGGGGCAGCUCGGGCUGGCGCCCGGGGACCUGGGCCCCCGAGGACCCAACGUGGAAGCGUUGGCUCAACCCUUGCUGCUGGCCCGGGACCCUCCUCCUCCCCCGCCGCACCCCGGGAGGGAGACGGCCCUGGUGUGAUCUUCUGUGGCAUCAUCUGUUCGUGCGCUUUUGGUUUUGUUUGUCAUUUUUUUGAAGGGGGGCUAGAGCAUGCCAGGCAGGCAGGAACCAUGGGCUUGGGUCUGCUGGAAGGCAUGGGGCUCAGCCCUGUGCACUGCCCUGGGGCAGGCAGGGGAUGUGCCCAAGCAGCUAGGCGGGCCUGCCCAGCACCCCCACUCCCCAUGUCUGAGCUGGGCAGCUUUCUGAAGCAGAGUCUGCCCCCUCCCCCACAUACAAGGUCCCAGCGGCAGUCCUGGGUGGGGCAGAAAUGACAGACAACCUGGAAAGGUACCCCCCCCCCCAUGCAGGAAUUGGCCAGAGACAGCUAGGGUGGGCUUGGGAGAGGACCUGUGAGCAGGGAGGGGCUGGACUAGGGUGCUGGGGUAUUGGCGGCCCAGCCUUCUAACCGAGGCCUUCUGGCUGGAGCGGCUGGUGAAGGGCACCAGGAAUGGGUCCACCUGGUACCCUGGGCCCAGGAGAGGCUGGGAGUUGAGCUGGCCAAGGUUGGGCCAGGAGGACCGACCCUGUGGAGGGCUGGGCCCCCCUGCCCCGACCUGGGCUCUGGGUCUCGUGCUGAUGCUUUUUCCUAAGCUCAGACCAGGUGGCCUUGCAUGCUACCCCAUCCUUGCGCCUUUCGGAGCUCUGAGCUCUAGGAGGAUGGCCAAGGUCCCCUUGAGACAGGGCACCGCCCCUGCCUGCCUGCCUGGCCUUUGGGGUCUCCCUUGACCUCCGGGCCUUGGGUGGGAAAGGCGUCCCUGAUGGAGGAGGCAGAGGCAGGCCUGGGAGGGCCCCAGGCAGUUGCGAUAAGCUCAGCCCCUUGUCCUCACAGCGGGGCAGGCAGGUCUGAGCAGAGCCCGCAGCCUGUCAUCCGCACUUGGGCCCGAGCCAGCGCGCUCCGGAGCGCUACCUGAGGAUGAGUUUUCUGCUUGAGCUGGCACAGGCUGGGGUGGGGGCAGGGAGGCCUGGGAGGAAUGCGGCGGGGCCAACGCAUGCCCCUCACGGCUCUUGGCCCCAUGGGCUGGCCUGGUUUGGAACGGGACAGGGCAGGCCCUCGCCUUCCUGGGAGCCCUGGAGUCUGGGCAGCCGCCCUUGGGACCCCUUCUUGUCCUGCUCGCUCCUUCACCCUCAUUGUGGAGGCCUGGGACUGGGACAACGACACCACCCCAGAUGCUCCCCCGGGCAGGCGGCCUCGGCCCGGCUGACUCUGCCGCCCCCCCAAGAGGAGCUGCUGAUCGAGCGGGUGUCGCACACGGGCAUGAUCAACCCCGAGGACCGCUGGAAGAGCCUGCACCUGCGCGGCCACGUGGCCCACCUGGAGCUGCGCAUCCGCGUGCGCUGUGACGAGAACUACUACAGCGUCACCUGCAACAAGUUCUGCCGGCCGCGCCACGACUUCUUCGGCCACUACACCUGCGACCGGUACGGGAACAAGGCCUGCAUGGACGGCUGGAUGGGCAAGGAGUGCAGAGAGGCCGUGUGCAAGCAAGGAUGCAACCUGCUCCACGGGGGCUGUGCCGUGCCCGGCGAGUGCAGGUGCAGCUACGGCUGGCAGGGGCGGUUCUGUGACGAGUGUGUCCCGUACCCCGGCUGUGUGCACGGCAGCUGCGUGGACCCCUGGCAGUGCACCUGCGACACCAACUGGGGCGGCCUGCUCUGUGACAAAGACCUCAACUACUGUGGCAGCCACCACCCUUGUGUCAACGGGGGCACGUGCAUCAACGCCGAGCCCGACCAGUACCGCUGCGCCUGCCCCGACGGCUACUCGGGCAAGAACUGCGAGCGGGCUGAGCACGCCUGCGUCUCCAACCCGUGCGCUAACGGGGGCUCCUGUCACGAGGCGCCCUCCGGGUUCGAGUGCCGCUGCCCGUCAGGCUGGAGCGGGCCCACCUGUGCGCUCGACAUCGACGAGUGUGCCUCCAACCCCUGUGCGGCGGGAGGCACCUGCGUGGACCAGGUGGACGGCUUCGAGUGCGUCUGCCCCGAGCAGUGGGUGGGGGCCACCUGCCAGCUGGACGCCAAUGAAUGUGAAGGGAAGCCGUGCCUUAAUGCUUUUUCUUGCAAAAACCUGAUUGGUGGCUAUUACUGUGAUUGCAUUCCGGGCUGGAAGGGCGUCAACUGCCACAUCCACAUCAAUGACUGUCGUGGGCAGUGUCAGCAUGGUGGCACCUGCAAGGACCUGACCACCGGCUACCAGUGUGUGUGCCCGCGGGGCUUCGCCGGCCGGCACUGCGAGGUGCGGCUCAACGCAUGUGCCAGCGACCCCUGCCACGGAGGCCUCUGCGAGGACCUAGUGGACGGCUUCCGCUGCCACUGCCCCAAGGGCACCUCCGGGCCACUGUGUGAGGUAGACGCGGACUUGUGCGAGCCCAGCCCCUGCCAGAACGGGGCCCGCUGCUACAGCCUGGAGGGCGACUACUACUGCGCGUGCCCCGACGACAUGGGCGGCAAGAACUGCUCGGUGCCCCGGGAGCCGUGCCCGGGCGGGGCCUGCAGAGUGAUUGACGGCUGCGGGCUGGAGGCGGGGCCCGGGGCGGCCGCCCCCGGCGUGUGCGGCCCGCACGGGCGCUGCGUGAGCCUGCCCGGGGGCAACUUCUCCUGCGCCUGCGACAGCGGCUUCACGGGCGCCUACUGCCAUGAGAACAUCGACGACUGCCUGGGGCAGCCGUGCCGCAACGGGGGCACGUGCAUCGACGAGGUGGACGCCUUCCGCUGCUUCUGCCCCAGCGGCUGGGAGGGCGAGCUCUGCGACACCAAUCCCAACGACUGCCUUCCCGAUCCCUGCCACAGCCGCGGCCGCUGCUACGACCUGGUCAACGACUUCUACUGCGCGUGCGACGACGGCUGGAAGGGCAAGACCUGCCACUCGCGCGAGUUCCAGUGCGAUGCCUACACCUGCAGCAACGGCGGCACGUGCUAUGACAGCGGGGACACCUUCCGCUGCGCCUGCCCCCCGGGCUGGAAGGGCAGCACGUGCAGCAUCGCCCAGAACAGCAGCUGCCUGCCCAAUCCCUGCGUGAACGGGGGCACGUGCGUGGGCACCGGGGACUCGUUCUCCUGCAUCUGCCGGGACGGCUGGGAGGGCCGCACCUGCACGCACAACACGAACGACUGCAACCCCCUGCCUUGCUACAACGGCGGCGUCUGCAUCGACGGCAUCAACUGGUUUCGCUGCGAGUGUGCCCCCGGCUUCGCGGGUCCCGACUGCCGCAUCAACAUUGACGAGUGCCAGUCCUCGCCUUGCGCCUACGGGGCCACGUGCGUGGACGAGAUCGACGGCUAUCACUGCAGCUGCCCGCCGGGCAGGGCCGGCCCACGGUGCCAGGAUGUGAUUGGAUCUGGGAGGCCCUGCUGGUCGCAGGGGGUGCCCUUCGCGCACGGGAGCUCCUGGAUGGAGGACUGUAAUGGCUGCCGCUGUGUGGACGGCCACCGGGACUGCAGCAAGGUGUGGUGUGGGCGCAGGCCUUGCCUGCUGGCCGGCCGGCCCGACACCUUGAGUGCCCAGUGCCCGCCGGGGCAGCGGUGCCAAGAGAAGGCCCCAGGCCAGUGCCUGCAGCCGCCGUGUGCAGCCUGGGGGGAGUGUGGCACCGAGGAGCCCCUGCUGCCCGGCACCCUGUGCCUGCCGCACUCCAGCCACCUGGACAACAACUGUGCCCGCCUCACGCUGCACUUCAACCGCGACCAAGUGCCCCAGGGCACCACCGUGGGCGCCAUCUGCUCUGGGAUCCGCGCCCUGCCAGCCACAAGGGCGGUGGCCCGGGAUCGCCUGCUGGUGCUGCUCUGUGACCGGCCGUCCUCAGGGGCCAGCACGGUGGAGGUGGCUGUGUCCUUCAGCCCUGCGAGGGACCUGCCGGACAGCAGCCUGGUCCAGAGCGCCGCGCACGCCAUCGUGACGGCCAUCACCCAGCGGGGCAACAGCUCGCUGUUCUUGGCGGUCACCGAGGUCAAAGUGGAGACGGUCGUCGUGGGCGGCUCUUCCGUGGGCCCGCUGGUGCCGGUGCUGUGCGGCGUGUUCAGCGUGCUGUGUCUGGCGUGUGUGGCCGUCUGCGUGUGGUGGACCCGCAAGCGCAGGAAAGAGCGGGAGAGGAGCUGGCUGCCGCGCGAGGACAGCGCCAACAACCAGUGGGCCCCCCUCAACCCUAUCCGCAACCCCAUCGAGCGGCGGGACGGCGGCCUGUGUGGGGGCCACAAAGACGUGCUUUACCCCUGCAAGAACGUCACGCCCCCGCCGCGUAGGGCGGGCGAGGCGCUGCCCGGGCCCGCGGGCCGUGGGGACGGCGGGGAGGAGGACGAGGAGCCCGGCCGCGGCGAGGGAGGCUGCCCGGAGGCCGAGAAGUUCCUCUCGCACAAAUUCACCAAAGACCCCAGCUGCUCUCCUGCGCGGCCGGCCUCCUGGGCCUCAGGCCCCAAAGUGGACAACCGUGCGGUCAGGGCCGCCAGUGACUCGCGCUGCGCCGGCACGGAGUAGGGCAGCCCGCAGCGGGGCGGGGCCCAGGGCCACCCGCAGCCGCAGGAGGCCGAGGCCGUGUGCAUAGUUCCUUUAUUUUGUGUAAAAAAACACCAAAAACCAAAAACAAAUGUUUAUUUUCUACGUUUCUUUACCCUUGUAUAAAUUAUUCGGUGACUGUCCGGCGGAGAACAACGGAGUAUUCUCGGAUACUUGCUAUUUUUGUAACGUUUCUGUGUGUCGCCCGCGCUGAGUGGCAGGAGAGCGCAAGGGUGUCUGUCCCCACCGGGUUGUCGGUCACCAGCGGUGGUGCACUGUUUACAGAAUCUUCCUUAUUAUUCCUCAUGGGUGUUCUCAGUGGCUCCAGGCCAAAGAGCCAGUGGGACCCUUGGCUGUGGGCGUGGCCCGUGGCUGACGGAGUGGCCCGUGGUCGUUGGUGUGGCCGGGGGCGCCGGUGGGACCGGUGGCGGUCAGUGUGGUCCGUGGCGUUUGGUGGGACAACCCAAGGCUGCUGGUGUGGCCGGGGGCGUCGGUGUGGCCCGUGGCGGUCAGUGUGGCCUGUGGUCGUCGGUGUGGCCCGAGGCUCCCGGUGGGACCGGUGCUGUAUGGCACGGCCAGUGGCUGUCGGCGGCACCUGCGGUGGCCAGUGGGGCUUGAGGUCCUCGCAGGGGCCCACGGCAGACCCCGGCCGGCUUGCUGGCAGCCCCUUCGGCGCCGUCCUGGCCCGCCUCCGCCGGGGGCCGUAGAGAUCUUUCAACUGUGUUUCCGGAAGUGCCCUUCCCGGCUGCUCUGCUCUCCCCGGCACGGGGGCAGCAUCGGAGCUCGCGACAAGUGCCUUCACACAGACCCUCCCCUCGCGGCUGCCAGCGUCCGUGGGCUCCGGCCGCUGCCCACCCGUCGGCCCCGGCCCCCUCCUCGCGAAACUGCGUUUUUGUAAAUAUGUACAUAUUAAAUGAAUCACUCUGUAUAUUUGAUUUAAUAACUUAAA